AUGAAGUAAUUGUGUUUUGAAUAUUUUUACAGAAACGAAACAGGAUAAGUUUUUCUCAAGCGAAGUGGCAGACUCUAGCAAUUUAACUAUAUUGAUUUUGGAGCAAAAAUUUUGGUUUACUGAUUUCGUUUUUAAUAAAUAAUAUACCCAAAACUUUAUCAUAAUUAAUUACUUAAAAUGUAUAUAGUUAUUAUUAUUAUAAUAUUUAAAAAAAACUACAAAAGAUUAUUGAUGUAUGGAGUAUCAAAAAGAUAGAACGAAUUAAUUAAAAAUAUAAUUUCAGAGGGGGAAAAUCAUAAAUUUGUUAAGUAAAAUAAAAUUCACUGUGCACGUAUUUGUUUUUGAACUAAUGAUGGAAGCCUGCCAGCCCUUAAGUUAUAUCAGAAGCCUCUCUUUCCAUGUCAAAACCAAAACUUUAAUCUCUCUAAAGUCACCUUAUUCAAUAACUACACUAGUAAAUAAUAAAAAAAAUAUUUUGGUAAAAAAAUUCCUACAUUUUAUUCUUCUACAAGAUAAAAUGACCAUAGUUAUACUACCGUUCAUCACAUGAACAUUAACAGCCCUGUUUUAUAAAUGAACCAAAGGCUAGCCAUAGCAAAUCAGAAAGGCUCCUAUCCCAAAUACAAAUAAAUAUGUUUGACGAGGAACAAGUGGCAUUAUUUAUUACCCAUUCCGAAACAACACGCAACAAAAACUAACAUUAAAAAAAAAAAAACUCUUUAUCGAAAUUUGAAAUUAGAACCGUUACAACUUAAACACACAUCCCCAACGGCUACUUCUCCUUCCAUUCCAACCCAAACCCUUCCAUCUUCUCCCCGAAUCACUCAAAACUUCCGCUUAUCUCAUUCACACCCACCACUGUUCAGAUCAUGCAAGAGGACAACUCCGAUCUCACCGCCCCUCCGCCGCCUCCUCCACCCCCCAACCAGCGGCGGCCGAGGGUCCGAGAGGUCAGCUCCCGGUUCAUGUCCCCCGCCGUGCAGCGCCGUCCCCGGAUGGAGCCCGAUCCCUGCGUUGACGAGAACUCCGAAACCCCAUUUCCAAUGGGAUGUUCUGUCUCUCAGAGAAAACAACCACAACGUUCCAUGAAGCUUUUCAAAGAGAACAACGGACACGAACAGGUUCCGCCACACCCUUCAAAAUCGUGUUCUGGCAGAAUCGGCAGCGGCAAUUCUACACCUUGUGUUCCUAGGCCUGGCACUCCCACUCCCUCGGUUUACGUGUCUUCAAGGUAUAGACUCUCACAACAACACCAUCACCAUAGUAACCAUCACCAUCAUAGGUUUGCAAAUGGCAUGGCUUCAGCUGCUGAGAAAUUGAUGCAAGCCAGUGGGUUGAAUCAGGUCAAGCCUAAUGUUGCUUGCUCCAGUGAUGAUUCUGGGGUGAACUGCAGUGUUCAGUCACUUCCUGAAUUGGGGGAUAGGGAUUUGUUGCUUCAGUCCAAUUUAUCUGUGGGUGAGAUAAUUGUGGGUAGUAAUGGCGGGGAUUUGAAAUUUCGCCACCCUUCGCCAUUGUCCCGGUCGGUUAAUUUACCUUCUUCUGGAACUGAGAAGCAGCCUCAUUCUUCAGUCUCCAAGCAACAUGGGAAUGGAAAUCAGUUAGCUAAGUCAGGGGGGCUUAGUUUGCCUCCUGUCCCGCCUCAGAGUUUAUUAAAGCCAGCAGUGGAUGUGAGGAGAGGGAAGAAAGGGUCUGGUCAUCAGGAAGAUGUGCAUUCCCUUAGAUUGUUAUAUAAUCGUUAUUUGCAAUGGAGAUUUGCCAAUGCAAAAGGGCACACCACGAUGAAGGCUCAGCAAGUAGAAAGCCAGAAAGCACUAUAUUCUCAAGCAAUGAAAAUAUCAGAAAUGCGUGAGUCUGUAAACAAGAAACGCAUAGAACUGGAUUUUUUGCGGAGAUCAAAGACUUUGACAAGUAUUAUUGAAGCUCAAAUUCCAUAUCUAGAUGAGUGGUCGACUAUGACGGAAGAAUAUUCAGUCUCGAUUACUGAAGCAAUUCAGGCUUUAGUGAAUACCUCAGUGCAACUUCCAGUUGGUGGGCAUAUUAGAGUUGAUGUAAGAGAGGUGGGGGAUGCUCUUAAUUCAGCAUUGAAGAUGUUGGAAACAAUGAUUUCCAACAUCCAAAGAUUCGUGCCCAAGGCAGAAGAAAUAGAUAGUUCUAUUUCAGAAUUAGCCAGAAUUGCUGGAGGGGAAAGAGCACUUGUUGGAGAAUGUGGAGAUUUAUUGUCAAAGACAUACAAAUCACAGGUGGAGGAGUGCUGCUUAAGGAGUCAACAGAUCCAAAUGCAUUCAUUUUUCCUUGAGAAUAAGAACAAAAGAAUAACAACCAAGAACUGAUAUAAAACAAUUGAAAGUUAGUUGUGGAAGUCCUACCCACAUCUAAUGUUGUAGCUGAUGAAGGAACAUCAACAGUACAAGUGUUCACAUUCUUUUUCCAUUAGUUGAGAAAAGGGGGAAGAAAGGAACAUGAUCAUACGUAAAAUUUGUUUUCUCAAGAAGUUCCACAACCAUUGUAUUCUUAUCAACGUAAGUCUCAGGCUUUCAGCCUAGUCACCAUCUCUUCCCCAUUUCACACUCAUAGGAUGCCCCAAUAAUAGUAAUAGGACACUUUGUCCUUGAAUGAA